UAGCAAAAACAACGUUGUCUUGUAUUGGAAGAACAAUUAGUGGAGCUUAUAGUUAUUGCAAUGGAGAGAUCUGAAAAUGAAACUGAAGCAAUGGAAGAUGGAGGACCAACUCAAUUGUUGUGGCAGCAUUUAUCAAGUCAACUUAUUUAUUUUGUGUUAUUUCAAUAUGCUAGUUUUCCGCAUAUGGUUUUAGCAUUACAUGAUAAAUUGGCUGGAAGAAAUUUAAAAAAGGGCAGAGAUCAUUUAAUGUGGGUUUUGUUACAGUUCAUAUCUGGAAGUAUUCAAAAAAAUCCUCAAAAACAACGUUGUCUUGUAUUGGAAGAACAAUUAGUGGAGCUUAUAGUUAUUGCAAUGGAGAGAUCUGAAAAUGAAACUGAAGCAAUGGAAGAUGGAGGACCAACUCAAUUGUUGUGGCAGCAUUUAUCAAGUCAACUUAUUUAUUUUGUGUUAUUUCAAUAUGCUAGUUUUCCGCAUAUGGUUUUAGCAUUACAUGAUAAAUUGGCUGGAAGAAAUUUAAAAAAGGGCAGAGAUCAUUUAAUGUGGGUUUUGUUACAGUUCAUAUCUGGAAGUAUUCAAAAAAAUCCUGAGCUUUUGGAACCACAAACAGCUUUAUUGCGUUAUGUAUUAGAACAGCCGUAUUCUAGAGAUAUGGUAUGCAACAUGUUAGGCUUGAGUAAACAGUGUAUACACGCUCCUUCCAUUGCUGGAAACACUGGGAUUUUCGGCUCACCGUCUUGUCUGACGGUCUGGUGGACUGUUCUGUGUACUUUCUACAAAGAAGUUCGUGUAGGAAUUCUUUCUGUGGCACUUGUCAGCCUUCAGCCGAUCAGCUGGACCAGCUGUGCCAUAGCACCUGUUGGUUGUGUCAGCUAG